CCUCCACUUUCUCUUUUCCUCUUAAAUAUUACCCUCACGCACUCGGAAAAUAUCAAAAAUACCCCUCUCCGUUCUCGUUCCUCAUGUACCGAAUCUCCCUCGACCUCGCCGUAAAGGUGCAACGCGGAGAGUCCCGCUCCCGAGCAAAUUAAGAAAAACCCAGGGGCUUCUCCGCAAAAUAUCCGCCCUCUUCCGCUUCCCCUCACCUCCACGGUGAGCGAGAAGAGGUAGAGCCACCGCGCGAUGAUCCCGUACGCGAGCGCGGCGGAGGCGGAGGCCGCGCUCGGGCGUAACCUCACCGCGGCGGAGGCGCUCUGGUUCCGGUACUCCGCGCGGGUCCCCGAUUACCUCCUAUUUUACCACAACAUCCUCUUCCUCUUCGUCGUCUUCACCUUGGCCCCUCUCCCCUUAGCGCUCCUCGAGCUCCGAGCGCCAUGGACGAUCUCGCCCUACAAGCUCCAGCCCAAGAUACGCCUCCCCCGCGCCUCCUUCCUCCAAUGCUACAAGGACGUCAUGCGCGCCUUCGUCUUCGUCGUCGGGCCCCUCCAGCUCUCCUCCUACCCCUCCGUCAAGUUGGUGGGGAUUCGGACCGGAUUGCCACUGCCGUCACUGGGCGAGAUGGUGGCGCAGCUGGUGGUUUACUUCUUGAUCGAGGAUUACGGGAACUACUGGAUCCACCGGCUGCUUCACGGCCGGUGGGGGUACGAAAAGAUCCACCGCGUCCACCACGAGUUCACAGCACCAAUCGGGUUUGCUGCCCCCUAUGCGCACUGGGCUGAGGUCCUUAUUCUUGGGAUCCCGUCCUUCGCUGGCCCGGCCAUAGCUCCGGGCCACAUGAUCACCUUCUGGCUCUGGAUCAUCCUCCGCCAGGCGGAGGCCAUUGAGACUCACUGUGGGUAUGAUUUUCCUUUUAGCCCCACCAAGUAUAUUCCCUUCUACGGUGGAGCGGAAUAUCAUGAUUAUCACCACUAUGUAGGAGGCCAGAGCCAAAGUAACUUUGCUUCUGUGUUCACAUAUUGUGAUCACCUGUAUGGAACUGACAAAGGCUACAGAUAUCAUAGGGCACAAAUGGCAAAGUUGAGGGAACAGUGGACAACGAGCGACCAAAAUGGAGGAACCGAUGCUACGAACAACAACAAGAAAUCCGACUAAGAGUAGCUUUUUUCCAGAUCUGUGGCUCGACAAAAUUACGUAUUACAAUGGUCCUUCUUGUUUAUGUAGCUGAGCUUGUGCUUUGUCAAUCUAACACGUCUCUGCAGUGCCUAAAGGAGACUUAUCUCCUCGCUUUUUUAGCCUGUGCUUUUGCGUUGUUUGCUAAUUGACGUGUUUAUGAGGUUAAAAUUCAGUGUAGCUAACUCUGUUCAACUGCCCGAAACAUUCAGUGUUCUCCCUUCA